UAUAUGGCGCAGGACCAAAGCGAGUGAUUUUCGUGAGUAGUCCUUGCCUUUGUUGUUCGUCUUCCGUUUCAUCAACCCGAGAGGAACAAUGGGUCGGAAGCCGAAAGGGGCAAAGCUCGCCGAACGGGCGGCGAAUACUGUAAACGUCGACUCCAAUGCUGCUGGGAAGACUCAAGCAAUCAUUAGGCGGUCUGGACGUCUUAAGAAUCUAUCUCCUCCUGGUCAAGGACAGGAAAUAGAGCGUGCUGCAGAAGAGAUAAAUCUUUGUGAAAGUGAAAAAGAAGAUGAACCACAUGUUGGGGAAAGCCCCCCUGCAUCAGCUCCCUCUGAAUGGAGCACAGAAGAGAAAAUUAGUUACCUUAUGCAAUCAGUAGAAGAAUUGAAGUCAAAGGCUGCCAACAGACAGUUCCAAAGUGACAACCCCGUUUCUGAUCUCAAAUAUAAAAGCAUGUAUAUUAGUGCACAGAAGAAGAUUGAAGCCUUGACAAACGAGAAUUAUGAGCUUUCUAAGAAGUUGGAUGUUGCUCUUGGGAAAAUUGAGGCGUAUGUCGAAGCAAAAUGCUUUUGUUCAGAGAUGCUGGAGAAACUGAAGGACAUGUUCUUCUCGAUUUCAACUUGGGCAAAAGCUAAUGAAACUGCACGAACUCUUCUUACAGCUCAUCAUAACGUUGAUGCUGAUGGACCAAAACCAAGUAAGAGAAAGAAGCGUGCGGUUGGUGCUGGUGGAUCUAACCCCUCUGUUAAGAGUCCCCGGAAGGGGAGGAAACGCCCCAGAAGAAACAAAGAUAACUGAAAGUUUUGGGCUGUGUACAGCGAAACAGAUCUCUAUGGGUAUAUUUUGUAUCUUGCUAGUAGUUCUUGUAGAGGGCAGUUCUUGUGGACUGACUAGUAGUCAUCUCUGAUCCGCAUUUAGCUAUUAACUUUCAGAACUAGCUUGGCUUACUUGAAUUUGUGUGAUACCCAAAGUUCGUUUUGGGCUCAGUGUCUUAGCUGCUUAAACCUUUAACAGUAGGCAAUAUUGUGGUGAAAUGGCAGAUCCUAUUAAUGUUA